AUGUAAAAUACAAAUAUAUUAAAUUCAAGUUUGUUUUCUGCACCAAAGAGCAUUAAAAAUUUAAUUAUUGAUCCUAUACUUACAAUAGAAAGGGAUUUAAUAUACUAAAAAAAAUAAAUCAACGAAGCAACAUUCAAAAAAAAUGAUAUAAGUCAACUUUAAUCCGAAUAGGAGGAAAUGAUUAAUAAUUUAGAAGAGAAAUAUCAAUAAUUAUAAAAUUGUAUGAAAGAAGUAAUAUAAAAAUUUUUGGUAUAUGAAAAUAAGAAUUUUAUAAGAUUGAAUGAAAAUUAUUAUGGUAGAAAUGAAAGAAUUAAAAAAAUAGUAAAAGAAUUAGCAAAAAUGUUUCAUUUAGGUUUUUUAGAGUUAGAUGAUUGUAAAAGAGACUUAGUAAUUUAUAAAAAUUAUGAUCCUGAAUUGUUUCCUUUGAAACCUCGAUAAUAAAGAGAGAAAAGAGGUGAUAAAAAAAUUGGAGAUAUCGAAGAGUUAUUUAAAUAAAUAAAAGUUUCUGAUGAUAUAGAUCCAAUUCCUAUAGCUAAUUAACCUCUUCCACCUGAUGUAAUAAGAGAGAUACAUAUAAAAAAUGAUCCUUCAAAAGUUCACACAAUAAUAAUUUCUUUUAAUAAACCAAAUGAUUUUGGAUAGGAGAUUACACUUUACAGAAUUUAUUAGUUAGAUAUAUAUGAUAAAUCUUUAUCUUUGCAACCAGCUAAAAGAGUAGUUAUAGAAUUUGAGAAUAACAAAGAGUAAGUGUAAAUUUAAAGGUUAAGUUUUACCUAAAAUAAUCCAUUAAAUGUAGGUUAACUUCCUUUUAAUGAAAUGAUCUAUUUAUCAAUAGAAGCAUAAAAUAUUAAUGGAUGGUCUUCUGAAUAGGAAUUAAUCCCAAUAAAGUUGUAUGUUAAAUAUUAAUAACCACUUUCUCUCUAUUUAUAAGGAACUAUUAAUUCUAUUUUAAUAGAUGAUUCAAUAAACUUUUUAGAGUUAUUUUAAAUUCCAUAGAUUAUAAAAGAAGAAAACAAAAAGUAUCUUUAAAUUGAAGAUUAUAGUUUAGUGUUAUUAGAAAAAGAAUAAAUAAGAAAUGUAUCUAUAAAAAAAGNUAUUAGCUCUUAAGUUGAAGAAGCUUUGUAAAAGUUGGAAUAUUAUAAAAAAUCAUGA